AUGUCACGCCACACAACCGAGCUGAAGCGCACGGCGGAUCGCCACGAUCGGGACGGCAGAUCUGCUGGCGGAACCAGCUCGGCCUUGGUCGGGACGAACAGGUCCAAGGUACCACUGCUGGAGCGCCAGGAACAGAUGGGCCGAGUUUCAGCGCCGGUUGAGGUGACGGACGUGCAUCCGCCCAGCGAACCGUCGGCCAGGACUGGCUCCUCCACUGUGACAAGCUUGCCCUAUCACCCAGUCACCGACAUCUCCCCCGGGGUAACUUCCAAUCAGCAUGCCUGCCGAUGGCGCACCGUGUUUCCCUCGCGGGCGCUUACUCUGGCACGGGUGACGGGCAUCGCAGCGGUUGCACAUUCCCCGCCUACAAAAUGUCUACUAUUCAAGGGCCGGCCACGCCAGGUCCUGUCGAGUCUCGUCUCCUCAUACCUCUCGUUCUACCCUCUGCUUUGCUCUGUGUGGCAUCAUUCCUCGUGGACGCAGGCUUCGUACACGGGAACUUUCGUGGUUAACCUGCCUGAAGAACGCUGA